AAAAUUUGUUACAACUAUUAAAAGAAUAGUGUUGAAAAGUUAUGAUAGAAUAUGUUUGCUUUAAAUAAUAUGGAAACUAGUCCCAGUGUAUCUUUUAGAAUCACCGAGCAACCAAAACAACAUCAUCGCUUUCGAUAUGAGUCUGAGAAGAACAGUACGCAUGGCAUUUUGACAAGCGAACAUUCUGCUUCAAAAGCUGUUCCAUGCUUUCCAACUGUGGAACUGAUUGCACCACAUUGCAUCAACAAUGAAUUUUUUAUUAAAUGUGAUCUAUAUGAGCCUAUGUUUAAGAAUAAUUCAGAAAUGAAAUAUAUGCUAUCACCAAAUAAACUUAAAAUUAAAAAAUCCAAAAAAGACUCAGAUAGUAACUCAGAGAGUGAUUGUCCAUUUAUUUUCGACAAAAUGAUCGUUUGUGAAGAUAAUCCAACAAAACAUAUAUUUUCCUUAAACAACUGCUAUAUAACAAAAACAAAAAAUAAGGACAAAGAAACGAUAUUACAAGAGAAAUCAAAUAAAAUGGAUGAGAAAAAAUUGCAAAUCGAUGAAAUUAACAAUUUACAGUCUAUAUCCAACAACUCAAACCAAACCAAAAUUGUAUCAAAUGAUUUUGUGGAAAAGGUUUGUUUGGGAUUCACUGUGUACCAAAUGAUAUCAAUGAAGUAUAAACGUGUUUGUGAAACACUUUUUUCUAAUCCAAUUAUAAACGGCAUGAAAAACAAGAUUAAUAAAAUAUGUACUACAUAUGGCAACGUUGAUGGAAACGAUGAAGUUACAUUACUUGUACAUGAUACAAAUGCAUGUAUAAUUCGUGUGUAUGAACUGGACGCUAACGGUGAAGUGGUUUGGGAAAGGAUAAUUGAACCAACUGAACUUUUACAAAAAAACAAAGCAAUAGUAUUUAAAACACCGAAAUAUGGCGGACAAUGGACCAAUAAAAGUGUUCAACAAAAGGAGUGCCUAGUCGAAGUGAUAUGUAACGAGGACAACACUACAACCGAACCAGUUAUAUUCAUAUAUCAAAACUUAUGUGUAGAAUCUACGGCGAGCGCUCGAAAACGACCUCGUAUAGAAACAUUUGUUUAUGAAAAUUCGAAUACAACUGCGAAUAAUGUGAUUGAAAUGCCAACCGAACCUUUAUACAGGGAUUCAGUACAGAUACAUAAAAAACAGAGAAACAGAGAUAAAGCUUUUCUGUCUAGCUGUAAUAGUUCAUUUCCUCAAAUUACCAAUGCAGAAACACCUAAGAGAUCUCAUCAAUAUAUUAAAUUGGAUUAUGUUACUUUUAGUGACGAUAGUGAUAUUAAAAAUUAUCUGCAUAACAGUUUGACGAAGCUACUAAAAAAUACACCUGAUUUAAUUUUAAAUAUUGAACAAUUUAACAGUGUUUAUACCGAUAAACAUGAAUUUGGAAACACCAUUUUUCACGAUGCCAUUGAGUACGAUGAAUUCUUAAUACUAUAUAACAACAAACAGAUCGAAGAUAUAACGCCAUUGAUCAGUGCAGCAGUUAAUAAGCUUCAAAUGUCACUACUUCACUACACAUGCCUGCUCAAUAAAGCCGAUUACAUACGAUCUUUAAUACGUUUAACAUGCUCUAUUUGUGUAUUAGAUGUUAAUCAAAAUACACCGCUACAUAUUGCUAUAAAUAAACAACAUGAGAAUUGUAUUGUAAAAUUUAGAGAACUACUACAGAGACCCGAAGAUUAUAAUAACCUAACUGAAGAUUUCCUACGACUUCUUACAAUUUACGAUCGGUAUGGUCAUACUGUACUUCAUAGUGCAGUUCUAAAAAAUAUGCAGGAACUUGUGGUUGACAUAUUAAACUUUUGCAAAAGGUCGAAUCUGAAAGUGGAAAAUAUGAAAACGUUGGGUAAUGGCAACACUAUCUUACAUUUGGCAUUUAACGAGAACUUAGAGGAUAUGUUCGAUUUAAUCCAUAAUCAAUAUCCAAAUAUGAUAGAUUGUGAAAAUUAUGCUGGAGUAACAACAAAUGAUUUGAUGUUGCUAGCAGAGCAGAGCGUUAAUGGUGUUAUUCAAGAUGUUCAGCAAAUACAACUAAAUACUUGUGAAUAAAUAGAUACUUUAACUUAAAUUUUAUUCAAGUUUUGAAAAAAAUUAUAAAAUGUCAAAAUAUUGUUGUGUAAACAGUAUUAAUACGUUAGAUAAACGUUAGGCAACUCUUCGACCUAACAAUAUUUUUUUAAAUUAA